AUGGCGGCGCGCAGCAAGUCGGUCGAGGCGUCGCCCGACGCAAACCCCGCCCCCUGCUUCACGCCGAGCCGGGGCGCCGGAGCUCCUCUGCGCAUGCUCAAGAAGACGGUGAUGCUGGAGACCGUCAGCAAGUCGGUCACCGAGCGCAAGGAGAGCACCAAGCAGGUCACGGAUCAGGCAACGGGUGUCGAGCGGCGGCGCGACUCGCACAUCGAGUCCAGCACCACCGAGGAGGUGCGCAGCAAACGCCAGGAAGAGACGGUCGAGUCGUACGACGGCACGCCGCUUCCCGCCGCAUCGCAGCCGACGCUCAGCACGCAGUCUCAGACAGCGACCGUGGCCGGCGGAGGAGCAUCGGUGCCCGACGUGGUGUCAGUGGACGCGUCGCGCAAGACCUCGCCCAAGCACCCAGUCGCCAUACGCGUCCACGACGACCACGCCGACGAAGAAAUCGUCUCCUCGUCGGGGAUACCGGAGUCCUCCGAGCGUCCCGCGGUGGCUCUAACGGCGAGCGCCUCCAAGGCGUCUAUUCUGAGGGCGCCGUCGCACGAAGACCUCGAGAAAAAGAGCACCGGUCACAAGCUCGAGUUUACGCAAGAGGAACCGGAGUACCAUCGCGCCGAGUUGGUGCAGCCGCCCGCCGACUUGCUCCUGAAGGCAGCCGCCAGCAGUGAUCAGGGCGACGACGACGAUGAUGUGGCCGAGCCGCCACCAUCCCGCUUCAACCUGAGGCGUAAAGACUCGAUCGCCGUGACCAAGCUGCGGAUGCUGCGCCAGCAAGAGGGAGAAAUUACCGAGGAAGAUCUGCCCGAAGAAGACGAGCCGCCCGAACUGGGCUCGCCGGACAAGAAGCACCCCGUCUUCAAGCCGCCGACCGUCAUCAGCAUCGUUCCGGAGGAAGAGGUCUCCGUGACUUCCGAAGUAGUCGAAGUCGCCGACGGGAAGCGACCUCCGCCCGCCGCGGACGACUCCAAGGUUGUCGAGGGCCAGCCGCACACCGUUACCGAGAGCAGCACGCACGUCGACAAGCAGGUGACCUCGAACGAAAAGCAGGAGGUGAAGACGUUCGCCAACGAGACGGUCACUCGCGUGGACGCCGACGAGAUUGUCAAGCAGACCAAAUCCGAAGUGACGACGGAGACGACCGCCUUGAUGCCGCGCGAGGCCUCUGCUGGCACCAUCGUCGCGACGGUCGUCGACGACGUGUCGUCCACAGUGAAGACCCCCAUGGACGACCGCUCCAAGCAUUCCCUCUAA